AUCUUUGCCCUCUCCGUGUUGAUAAUACGACUCACCUGCAUUCGUAGAUAAGCCAGCAAUUUGUAUGAUAAAGUUAAUCGGCGCAGCUAAUCGGAUUUUAACUAUUUGACGAAUAGAGACCAUUGGACCUUUGAGUUUCGAGUUUUGAGUGUUGUCCACCAUAAUUGCCUAUUCAAGCGUACAGUGAGACGGUUUGGAAUUCUUUGAGCUAUGACGGCGGGAAAAGGUAAAUUCGGGCCACUUGUUGGUGCAAUCGACGAGGGCACAUCUUCCGCACGGUUUAUGAUAUUCAAAGCCCAAAGUUUCGAAGUGGUGUGCCAUCAUCAAGAGGAAGUUCCGCAGAUCUAUCCACAAGAAGGUUGGGUCGAACAGGACCCGGAAAAGAUUCUGACCGUUGUUCUGAACUGCAUAGAAGGCGCUUUGAGGAAACUGGAAGAAUUGGGCGGCCGGAAAGAGGAUAUUUGCGCGAUCGGAAUAACAAACCAACGCGAAUCAUCAAUCGUAUGGGACAAAAAUACAGGAAAGCCACUGCACAAUGCAAUCAUUUGGCUGGAUAUGCGCACAUCGACAACUGUUGAUCAGUUGUUGGACAAUGUUCCAAAUCACUCACGAAACAAAAACUACUUGAAACCUCUUUGUGGAUUGCCGCUAUCACCAUAUUUUUCAGCUCUGAAAUUACGCUGGCUUAAGGACAAUAUACCAGACAUUAAAGAGGCGAUGGAAGAGGGAACGUGCCUUUUCGGAACCGUAGAUAGUUGGCUUAUUUGGAAUUUAACUGGUGGACCAAAUGGCGGUGUCCAUGUAACAGAUGUGACGAAUGCAUCCAGGACAAUGUUACUUAACAUCGAAACACUUCAAUGGGACGUGCAUCUUCUGAAGUUUUUCGCUUUGCCUAGACACAUUUUGCCACAAGUGAAAUCGAGUGCGGAGGUUUAUGGUUACAUGGAAGUGACAUCGUUGAAGGGUGUUCCAAUCUGCAGUUGCAUCGGCGAUCAACAAGCAGCUUUAGUUGGUCAAAAGUGCUUCACCGCCGGUUGUGCAAAGGCUACAUUCGGAACGGGUUGUUUUCUAUUGUACAACGCGGGCAAUGUCCCUGUUAGCUCGUCACACGGAUUGCUCUCUACGGUCGCAUAUCAAUUCGGGAAGGAUGCUAAUCCAGUUUAUGCUUUGGAGGGCAGUGUAGCGAUAGCUGGGGCGGCAAUUGGGUGGUUGAAAAACAACAUGAGCCUCAUUGAUUCAUCCGGUGAAGCCGAGGAGAUCGCGAAAACCGUAGAGAACUGUGGAGAUGUUUACUUCGUUCCGGCCUUCAGUGGUUUAUACGCACCUUAUUGGAAUCAGGAAGCCAGAGGAAUUUUAUGUGGUCUCACGGAAGAAGUGCAAAAAGGCCACAUAGUUCGUGCCGCUCUCGAGGCAGUUUGCUUCCAGGUUCGCGACAUUCUCGAGGCAAUGCACAGUGACUGCGGCGUUCCCCUGGCGAAGCUCAAAGUUGACGGCGGUAUGACCGCCAAUCGGCUGCUCUUGCAACUGCAAGCGGACCUUAUCGGAUUGAGUGUGAUCAAGCCUGCAAUGGUUGAAACGACAGCGCUGGGAGCAGCAAUAGCAGCGUAUUAUGCGAUAUCGAAUUUCAAUUUAGAAUCGUUGAUUGGUUCCGAAAUGGAUUUGGUUUACGAACCGCAGAUAACUGAAGAUGAACGCGAUAUGAGAUAUACAAAGUGGAAGAUGGCAGUUGAGCGAUCACUUGGAUGGGACACAUCGACAUCCGAUCAUCGAAAUUUACUAUCACCGUGAAAUGUUCAAAUGUUCUCUUUGAGUGAUUGAUCGUUUUCUCUUAUUUUGUUGUUCAUUUUUUAUCGUCAAUCAAAUAAAAAAAGAAAAAAGCUAAUAAAAGAAAUAUAAAAAUUCGGAAAUGGCGGAAGUCUUCAACCUAGAA